AUGUCGAAGGCAGCUUUACUUUUCUACCAUCUCUUGGCACUCGGGCGGCUGCUCUGGGCUCAGGAGGAUGUCACGGCGGCUUCUAUCACUCCUCAGGACUGCAGUCUGGACUGUAUACGACAGGUAAGCCGGAUUUUACGUCUUGUUUACAUUAUCCUGAGUUCUAAUGUGUUGACACAAGCGCGCUUGUCAUCGAAAGGUACUACGUUCAUUUCUACCUUUCACUAAGCUUUCUCUAAGUGGUCGGGCUCAUAACACUUGCAGAUGACAGCUGACCUGAACUUGAACAUGCUGGCAUGUUUACAUUGUUAUGCUAUGGAGGAGCUGCUGAGCACGUGAACUGUUCAGAAUUCUGUAUUUGUGGUUGAACAUUUAGAGAAGAUAAAACACAUCUGAAACUCAAAUUAGAUUUAUCUUUUAAUGCUGCUGUCUAUUACGGAAGCGGAUUAGGGCCACUGAAAAAAAAAAAAGUCCAAUAUAAUUUUUUUUUAAUUAUUAUUCUUAGAAAAAAAACUUAGAAUUCUGAAUUUAAUCUCAGAAUAAUAAUUUCAAAAAAUUAUUUUGGACCUCUUUUUUCCAGUGGCCCUAAUCCUCUUCUGUAGUCUAUUCUGUUGUAUGAUACAGUAUUAGUUUUAUAUCAGGUAUUAUCUUAAAUGCCAGUUAUACCAUGCUCUGGUUUCUUAAUUCAAACACUUACCAGCUGAACAUUUUAUGUUUUAUAUUUUGUUAUACACAUAUUUAACAAAAAUAGAACCACUAACUAACUGUAUAUCAACAUAGACAGUGUGCCUCUAUUUCCUCCAUUGUAAAAUACAGAGCUAAAUAAGACUUAGUGACUGAUAUCACACACCUUUUUGACGCAGACUCUCAUUGUUGGGGAACUUUUUAUGACUCUACUUGGUGCCUGUCAUGUUUUCUCUGGCUGAUCUCCUCUAAUCUGCGAAUUUGGCAAGAACUCUGCAGCCUGUAUUCGUUAAGCAAGCUGUCGAUCAAUCGUACUUUCCCAAUAGCGAACUCCUACGCAUGAUUUAGCACAUUCAAAACUAACUGCUAUGACAUAAAGCAAGACAGGUUUGAAGACCUUUACUGCACCCAGUCAUAAGGGGAAGGUCCUACAGGUUCUAGUUUCACUUUAGAGGAGCUGCUGUUCUGGCUUUAGUUUUGUACAGUUUUUGGUCUCAGCCUUAAGCAAUGGUUCCCAGCUCAGCGAGGCAAAAACAGACGGGUCAGAAGUUCAGGGAGAAAAACCAAAACCAAGUUCAUUUUAUUAUGAAUGAUAUUUUUCCCCUAUUAGGGAAAAGGUCCAACAAACUAGAGAGAUUUGAAAGUGCAUAGAGCAAAAUGUGCUUUGAGGAUUCGAGUUCCAAUUCUUCAUUCUGCAGUCAGCAGUACAACAAACACUCAUAAGGCCAACGAUAAAUACAAAAUUUAACACUGGAGUGUCUGAUGGUAAAUGAAUAAAAACAAGUAAAAAUGAGCGGUAGAAAAAAACAGCAGCAGCCAGGACAGAUGGGUUUUUAAAGGUCCUUUGAGGAACUUUUUGUUGAUUCUGGCAUCCCAUGAGUUCAGUAUGUUUCCAUGCUAAUCUGGUCCUGUACAUGUGUAAGUGAUAUAUGGAGCUAAAACAUUGAUUUCUGCUUGAGUUUAACACUCAGAGGUAUGUAUCACUUAACAAUACUCCACUGGGAAAAUGUAAAUAAAGGCCGUGCAGUUAUUCACUAAAACCCCCGACCCUGAAGAGGUUAAAACAUUAAUCAUAACAAUAUAGAGACAUAAAUGAAUAUGAAGGCAGCAAAAGAUGUCCUCCUCUUGUUAUUAUAGAGAAUUAACUGUCUGAGGUCAGUCCUCUAACUGAGGGGGAGUCGUUCGUAACAUGUCAACACUUCGUAAAGCUCCACCUUUAAAAUAACUCUGAAAUAGCACAAAAUGUCCCUCUACUUGAGUAUGUUUGGCUUUGAGCCGCUGUGCUUCUGUGCUAAACGUCACAAAUAUUGUAAACAAAAACUCAAAUAAGUAGCUGCCGGCAAAAAGGUUGAUGACACCGUCACAUGUUUGAGUCUCAGAGCCCUGUGUUCAGCCUGUGUCAGAGCUGUUUAUGCUCAGAAACAAUCAAACCUGCAAAGGAAGGAUCAGAGGCUGUAAGUGAAGCUGAACAUUUCAGGUUAAUGUGUGCAGUUUAAAUUACGCACUGACAAUCUGACUGAGUGCCAGCUUCUCUGAUACUGUAUCAGGUUUCAUUCAGCUGCUGCGUGAGUUCAACUGCAGAGGGUUUGAUAUCAAAAUAUUGGCAGGUGUUGAUAUGCGUGAUACUUUUGUCAAUAUAAACGCCUCUAAACCAGAUUCAAACAGGAGGAUCAAAGUGUGCAUGGAGUUUACGACCAAGUUCACCUAGGCUGAACCAAAAUUUCUUCUGAUGUAGCCACACAGUCCAUGUGUGUGUGUGUGUGUGUUGAGCAGGUCUCCAUUGUGUUUGCUUCACUGGACGACUUCUCAAAUGUGCCGGGCUUGCUUAACACGUCCAUUAUGUUCUCUCAACAGUUUGCGUGCAAGAAAGCAUUUAGGUUACAAAAACCUCCUGACGGCCAUUACCCAACCUGACAGUUCAGCUACCAUUGUGAACCACACACACACAUACACACACGUACACACUGACUCUCACUCUCCCGCCUGAGGCAGACGCAGUAUUUCUGUCUCUCUUAUUUUCUCCACCUGUUGUUCAAGUUAUGGUCUCUUAACCUGCAGGACAAGUUGUCAGCAUUUACAGUAUAUAGCCAUGGAAAAAUUUAAUAGCCCAUGUCAAACCUUUUCUUUCAUUAGCAUCUAGAUAUGCAUUAAGGUAAAUCAGAUUCCAGUGUCUGUCAGACAAACCUCAUUCUACCAAAUGAAGCACUAAUCUGGUUAUUAAGCCGUAACACAAAUGUACUUGAAUGUUUCGAUCAAGAGUGGCAUCAUCACAUCACUCAACAGCAACAAAAACAGGUGGGAAACAUGAGAGGACCUCUAAAACUGAUCAAAACCAAUCGUCUUCGACCAAAUGUUUAUUCCUGGACUAUUCCUUCGUUUGUUGAAAAUGGCCAUAUUUUUGUUUAUUCUCAUUCACAGUCAUUAAAAUACAACUUUUUCUUAGAUGAACCAGCUACCAUUUUCUGCAAAUAAGUAACAUGAAUGCAAAGUAUUUGGUAGAUUUGCUGUAAAGUAACCAGAAAUGAAGCCAAAACUUAUGGAGCUCCCCCUACUGACUGACCAAAGUAAAGUUCAUAUUUAUUCAUAAUGCAAAUUAGGGCUUUCACCAUUUUAGAUUUUUACCUUACGCUUAUCAUAAAAUAUAUCUCAAUGAUAUUAUCAUGAUAUUAGUGCAUAGCUGUCAAGUAUCCCGUUUUGGCCGGGAACUUCCGUAUUUUACCCCUCUUUCCCGCCGUCUUCCUGUAUUAGUAUUCUCCCAUAAAUCUCCUGUAUUAUAAUAUAUGUAAAUGAAAAAACACAAUUCUUCCUCUCCAAAAUGAACUCUGUCACUAGCACGUGUAAAGUACCCACCCAGUAGCAGCAGCAAGUUGUCAUCUGUGAUCACACAGAUGAAUCAAAAUACCUGUCAAGUUUUGGUUAUUUUCCAAACCCACAACUUGACAGGUUAAUGGGAAUCUUGAAAAUAAAACAGCACCAUCAGUUAAAUUAAAAUAAAAGGUAAGACAAGGGUAGAGCAGCACAUUACUCCACAAACUUCAUUAAAUGAGUGCAGCUUACUAUUAUGAUCUAUUUCCAAUGAUGUUCAGACUCACAUCUCCAGCCCUCUGACCAACUCUUUUUCUUUUUUCUUAUUAGUUGCUUAUUGUCUUCACUGUAAAGUUUUGCUUUUACUUUCAUCUUGUAGAUUGUAAAUUGAGGACUUAGAUAAAAUCACCUUCAAAAUAGUUGCAAAGGAAUCAAUGUUUAAUUUUUAAGUAACCUAAAGUGACUAAAACUCUGAAGUUGUUUUUAGAGUCAAAAGGGAUGAAUCAUCUCUCAGAGGGCUGCUACAGCUAGCUUACUGGCAGCUGCUGCUUCUUCUCUGUCUCUCCUCUGUUUUAUGACCUGAGGCAGCCGCCGUAAGGGACCACUGCGAUGAGCUCACAGUGCUAGUGUAUAUAAGCGUGUUAUUACUAUUUGGUAGUGAUCUUCAAUACCAGUUUAUUGCAACAGCUGUGAAUUGCAUUUCAUGCAGUUUUAGAGAGUUUGGAGAAUUUUUUUUAUGUGUCACGAGUCAUGACGUGCAUUUCAUGAAAUGUUUUCGCCGUGUCAUGAAUUUUUUUUGUCUUUGUUGAAACAUUUCUACAUUUCAUGUUAUAUUUGUGUUCGAUAAAACAUUUAGCAUGUAGUAUUGUGUUUCGUCGAGGGGUCGUAGACAUUUUAUUGGCUGGUUAAACGCACACUUUGGUUGGUAAAAGGGUUGUGAAAGUACACUCCUUGGCUGCACUAGCACUACAUAGAAGCUCCCUUUAGUUCAGGUUUUUGGCUUCACUUCUCACACAGAGUAGAAUUGGAGACACACCACCCAUAAUAACAUACAGAUAGUCUAUGAGUGCAGUAAAAUGAAAAUGAUUACACAAACAAAAACCAGAGAAAGCAUCUUUUUACUCUGUACAUGUAUCUGUUCCUCAUCAGCACCAGUCUUCACUGAGUUAGACAUCAGAUUGAGACAUAAAAGCAUAUUUGCUCUCCUUCUGAUUUUGCUCAAUCAUCACAGCGUAUGAUUGAUACCUUCACUAUGCAGUAUUUGUUUCAAUGGCAUCAGGCCUAUGGUCUGACAGCGAUUGUCUCAGGACAGAAACCAGAGGCAGCUGACACUGAGCUGGACCCACAUCAUAAAUACAUUGAACAGGCCAGACGGGAUAAUUAUCAAAACUCUGGUCAAUGCUUUUUUUUUUUUCAAAUACGCCUCUCUGAAAGUGCUGUCGAUGAAAGCCACUGAAGUAAAGUGUGUGCAGAUGUCUGGAAUUUAGAGGCUGUUUUGGGAAUGUUGGCCUAAAUCCCUCAUAAUCAAACCUUUAUAAUCACUCAUGUCCAUAUUAAAUGUUCUUUUCAACACAGUAGCAGCAGACAACUGUCUAACAUGAGUCUGGUUCUGCUCGAGGUUUCUCCCUGUUAAAAGGAAGUUCUUCCACUGUUGCUUGAUAAAUGUUAAGUGUUUCACUCAUGGUGGAUUAGGGUUAAGGUUUGGUCUGAUCUUACAGACUGGGGUUUAAUCUUGUCCUAUCUUGAUGUUGUGUACUUGUAAAUGUAAUGAAGUGUAUGGUCUAGACCAGGUCUUUUUGUGAAGCGUCUUCAGAUCAUGUUUUUUGUGAAUUAGGGCUUUAUCAAUAUAGAAUGAUGAAUUGAUAGACUACGUACCCUGACAAGUCUGUGAGUUCUCAGCCACAAACACAUGAAACUGUGAUAUAUUGAGUGUUCUGGUAUUUCUCUGUCAGAUCAAGUAUCAACUUUUUUAGCAGUUUGGCUUCUGUUUAGUGAAACCAUACACGUCGGAUUUCACUCUUCAUGUGUAUCUAGAAGUCCUGGCUGUUCUUGAUCAUGUUGCAAGUUUACUGUUUUUUAUUCCUUGAACCACUUUUGGUGGAUACUGACCCCUGCAUACUUAAAUAUGCUAUGACCUGGGCUUCAAUAUGGGUCUUGUCAAAGUCACUCACAGCAUCUCAUGUAUGAUAUUACAUAAGCUUUCCAGCAUGUAAUUUUGCAUGAUUUGAACCAGUACAUUACUGCAUACUUGUACUAAAGCCACUGUAUUUGUACACAACAACGUUUGUAUUGAUUUCAACUGCAUGGCACAUUAGACCUGCUGCAUACAGUUUUUAGCUGUAGUUUUGCACAUUUUUCUUAAAGCUCCUAUCAGGAGUUUUUGGCAUUUCUACAAUAGACUGCAAAUCAUAUUAGUGCCUUUUCAUGAUAUCCAAGAGCAAACAAGACCAUCAGUGACAACUGUUAUGGUCUUUAACUCUUAACUUUUAAUGCCUAAAACUGGUGCAAGAGGGUAGCUAAGUGUCAGCUAAACAUUAAAAAACAGACCUCAUUCUACAAUGUGCUCUUAAAUAUUCACAAAAAUGACACAGUUGACUGUUAGAUUUUUCAUCAAGUGUCAAGGUAGUGAUAGACUUUGUCUCAAGUGCUAGCUAGCAGCAGCUGACUGGCAGUUUGUUGAAUUUCUCUUUUAAGCCGGAUAUCUAAACAUAAAAUAAUGAGUCUCAAUGAACCGUAAACUGCAAAGUAUCUGCAUGUUGUGUAACUUUUUUAUUGUCAGUAACUGCUCGGACUAAGACUUUGUUGCCAGUCUUUGAUUUAAAGUUUUAAUGAGUUUCAAAACAAAGAAACUUUAUACAGUGUGCAAAUAUAAAAUGUCUGCAUACAUUAAGAUAAUUCUCCAAACUCUACUCCUCAUAUUCAUCUUUUGACACAGUCUUAAAUCAGAGUAACACUCCAAAUAGCCUUGAAGGGAAACUGUCAAAAAUGCAUGCAGCAUCAUCAUAUCUCGUCUUUCAUGUGCGGUCGUUAAAACACCAGUGAAUAAUUUUUAUUUCUAGUAUUUUUAAGUGACAAACAAGAAUGAACCUGCAAACCCUGAAAGAAAGCUAUAGCUGAGUUUUGUGUGUCAAGAAUAUGAACAGGUCGCGGGCAAAAGUGUGCACGAUUUUUCCAAACUGCCACAUUCCAAGCAGGGACAAAAAGCCUGCUAUUAAAGAGGGGGGAUUACCAGAGGAUAGGCUAAAUAUGGGGAUAACAGUGCAAAUUUUAGUCCCCCCUUCCAGGCAAUCUCAGUGUAGCACUUGGUUUUAGUCAUAAAAUGUGACGGAAAUAUACCUCCAGUAAUGUCUAAAAAGUGAAAACAGAGAGAGAUACAAAAAAAAAAAAAAACCCUGUCACAUUCACACCUCCGCACACACACUGAUGAUGGGUGGACUGUGAGGGUUGUGGAAAGGGGUCCCACACACUCUACAUUAUCCCACUUAUUGCAUGGCUACUCACUAAAGGAACCUAUCAUUUGUAAUUUUUCAUUGUAAAAAAAAAACAUGGAAAAAAACAUGGGUUACUUCAAUGAGGACAAUGUUUUAGCAUGGCAACAGUGGAGGAGGCUUCUAGAGAACUGGCCAACUGGAAGAAAAUGGACUGCUGUUUGUAACUUUUCACGGAUUUCCAACAUUUUAGCUUAAUUUGUUUGCUGCUUGUUUUUUUUUCUUGUUGUUUUGUUUUUGUUUUUUUUUGUUUGUGGUUUGCUUUUACUGGACUUUUCUUGUCUUGAAUGACCUUUGCAAGACUGUACAUGUUUUAUUGAAUUAUGUAUUGUAUUGUCUUGUAUUGUAUUGUUUGUUUUAUUUGUGGACCCCAGGAAGAGUAGCUGCUACCUUGGUGGCAGCUAAUGGGGAUCCGUAUGAAUAAAGAAUAAAGAAUUUGUAAAGUUUACAAAAGUUUACUUUGAUUACCCAUCUACUUUGAUUAACUUCACCACUGUGACCACCAGCAGAUGAAAUGAACACAAUGUAUUUUCUCUUCACAGUAGGGCGCCUGUUAGUGGGGAAUGUAAGGCAGCAAGUAAACAUUUUGUUCCCGAAGUAGAGGUGUUGGAAUCAGGAAAAAUGGGUUGGCAUGUGGGUUGCUCCUGGCCUGUAGUGGUCAGGACCUACCAAGAGGGAUGGUAAACUGAUUUACUGUCAACAAGGUUAUGUGACACUGAGGCUCAUUGGUGGAAGAAAAAAAAAACAGGAUGGCCUGAGCAGUGUGAUCAAACAGAAAAGCUCCUGAAGCCGAAUGGUGAGGUAUUUUAAAAUCACAGGCAGUAAUGGAGCAGGUAUCAGUGUGAGUAUCUGUAUCAGUGUUGGUACUGUAUCCACAAUGCUGAUUCUGGACAAAUUAAGAGAUAAUCCUCUAAAUACGGUAAUACUUGGGCUGAAAUCAUUUGUGUUUUUAGUGUUCUUAGUGAACAGGGGUUGGAAAGAGACUCUGCAGAGUCGGGAAAUUCCACAGUUUUAAGACAGGUGUGGCUGCCAGAGCUUUAAUCUUCUCUUAGGUCGAAUCAGGUAAAAAAAAUGCUGUGGCUAAAAAUGUCAAAGAUCUUCUAUGCAAAAUGUCAUGAGAUGACUUUUGUUUUCUUUGGCCGUUUUUGGGACCUGGCCCAAGAGUUACUCAUGGCACAUACAAGGUCCUGGAGUUGUUUCACAGUGAAUGUGAUCUGAUGUGAUGUUUGAAUUCAAGGUAUUUUCAUGUUGUCUUUGGAAAGCCUCCAUCACAUGGUUUCCAUUAUUAUCAUCAGCAUGCCAGUGUUCUGGCUCAAUACACUUUCUAAUUACCCAACCUGAAAACAUCAGAGGGCACCUUGUGUGCACAAACAGGCAAACAUUUAAUAAGUGAGGCAAGACUGAAGAUCAAAGCGCCGGGACUAAAUCCUUUAUUUAUCUGCCCUGCAGGGAGGACCUGGAUGUGAGUACUGCCGAAUAACGAGUGCAGACGUCAAGAGGGCUCUGGGAUUUAAGACCAUUGAUGCUUUUGGAAGUAAGUCUGAAUCAAACAGGCUGCACUCUCCCAGGAUGCAUUUCACCUUCUGUUUACUUAAUACACUGAGAAAGUGUGUUACAGCGUUACAGGCUGUCUUCAGCUUCAACCGUGAUAUGAUCCCCUCAAGGUCUUUAUGUUGCAUGCCCUCGACUUACAGCCAUACUUCACAGUCGUAGCAUUGUCACGACCUGUUGUCACAUUGUUUGCACUUCUUCCAAGGACCCGGGAAUCUCCAGAACAAAAAGAGAUGGACUAGAUAGAUCAGUUAUCACAGCAUAAUAAAAAAAACAUUAUAGAGUGUGUGAAGACUUCACGUGGCAAACCCAUGUCAAAUAUUUGUCAAACUUUCACUCCAAUGUUGCUGCUGGUAACCACUUACCCAGCCUGUUGUAUUUAUUCUACCUCCUCCUUGUAGGUUGUAUCCCAUGGCCAUGUUUUGAGCUGCUUGGAGAAGAAGACCCUAAAAUCUGCCAGCACUACGUCCAUGCACCAAAUGAUGUGAAGGUUGAGUUUGAACAAGAGCUAAAUCCCAAAUCUGACACCAUUGUUGUGUCCUGGAAGCCCAGUUACUAUGGUAUGUUAAUACAGUUUAACACUCAAGUGUACACAUUGUAAGUUGAAGCAAAAAUAGAGCGGUUUGUUGGUUUUAACAUCUAACCAGUUUGAAACUCACUUAAAAUGUCAAACAUUGCUCAUCCAAAGUAAUUUCCACAUCAAAAACAAGAUGUCUUUCAGGAUGGCACUCCAAAAGAUAGCUGUUAAAUGUAAUUGAAGUACUAGAGACAGCUCAUUAAAUAAAUCCAUAUACGUCCCAGGCUUUGACAGUUGACAGACUUUCAUGUUCAUAGUUUAAUUGACCGUGCACUGAAACAGAGUGGCUCAUGCAGCACACACAUGUAAUUGACGCUGAAGUAUAACUCAAAAAGAUGGAUCGCCGCUAAGACGGUGACUCUGAUUUCACUCUGUUCCUUUGUUUAUGCUGCAGGGAUCGCCUUCCUGCGAGGCUUUCAGGUGUCAUUACAGGCUUUGGGAGGGUCGAGUUUUGCCUGUCAGCUCUUUCUCUUCCACCGUAACCUUUCCCUCCCGGCGUCACAUGCUGAAAAGGUAGGAAGGGGCCCAUUUUGUUUGGGCUUUGUGUCUUGGGAGGACUCACUGAUAGUACCACUAUCUAGAGUUGGGAUAAACAGACUCUGAAACAGUCUUUUCAUUUGAACAAAAUUAUAAUUCAACUUUUUUUUACCAGGAGGUUUUUUUUUUUUUUUUUUUUUUACAGUGAAAACAUUUCAACGCCUGGCAUCUUUGAGUUUCAGGGCACACUCAUAAAUAACAUGACAGUAAUUGCACAAUGCUGCUGUAUUUGAAAUGAGACCACAGUGACACAGUAAAACAGCUGUACAUUUUUCUGUCAAUGAUCAUCAUAAAGCUGUAAAUACUGGAAGAGAAGCCUCUAAUUUUUGUAGUUUCUUGUCAUGAGAAUGUCCUGGAGGACUUUGCAUAUCGUUGUAUGAACGCCAUCACGCUGCUCUCACAGCUGUUGGCACUCACACACAGCUAAACCUGCAUAUUUCUGAUUAUUGGGCUGAAUUCUUCCUGAUUGGCUGAUUUGAGACACACUUACAAGUUUCUCUCUAACUAAUGCUGGUGAGAGGGGUUACACUGUGGUAACGAUGAUUGCAUGACAAGAAACAACCACAUAUUGUCCAGAGCUACCGGCUUCCUAAAUAAGACGAAGAUUUCUUAGUUACCGUGUCCAACUCUCAUUUCCAAACAGUAGCCAUUUUUUAUUUCCACUGCCUGAAAGAAAAACUUAUUUCUCAAAGGUGAAGCAUGUGAAAAUAAGUAAUGUGAUUUUACAGUGAAACAUUAUACCAGGCCAUAAUUGAAGUGGUGCGGUUUUUAAAGGAAUUUCUAAAAGAGGCCCAGAAGGUCAACUCAGGAAACAUUUCAUGACCUUCACAAAUAUCUUUGCUAGACACAAGGAAAAUAUUUCAUCACACACAAAUAUUUCUCCAAAUGCAAAAAUAUAUUCAAAAACAUGAAAAUAUACCAAGGGACAUGAAAAUAAACUUAGGUUAUGUUUGGUACUUUGUUUUUCUUUGUCUUAUUGAGUUAUUUUGUAUUUCUUAAAGUACUUUUUUAUUAGUGAAAUAUUUUCACAUAAAUAUAUAGUGAAUAUAUAUUGAUUUAUCAAAUGACAAGACUUUUUUGUAGUCCUUAGGAGUCUCUACUGCAGAACUUUAGAGCCUCUGUAAAUACCAGGUAGCCCAAAAAAAUAUGAAGUAGGCCAAGAAUUUAUAAAUGUACAUUUAGAAUUUGUACACAAUUGUACACAAGAUUUUUUUAAAUGUACAUGAGAAGCAGAAAAUAUAUAAAAAAUACAUAAUGGGCUACUUAAGAUGAAAAGUAGAAAACUUUGGAGCCACUAAAUGUUCACAAAGGUGAGUAUUAUCUCGUCCACUCAAGUUAAAAUUUUGUCUGUUUAAAGAAAACUGAUGAUUGUAACUGCUGCAUUUGCACAAAACAGUAACUUUUGCAUACGAGAUAGACCCGAGCAUCUUAACAGGACUCCACAGAAAACAGCCAAAAAUUAGUAGAUCAAUUAUAUGUUUUUUGAGAUCAUAAAGUUAAAAAGGGAAAUUUUGCACUGCAAUUUUUACCAUCCAGGCCUCCAUAGGAGUAUUUUUGAUCAUCACAUGAUCAAAAACUCAUCUGAUCUUCGUGAUUCAUUUUUUCAUAUCUGUAUAUGACAGACAUAAUUAUUUAGUUGAUAACAGAGCUGUCAUUGUUAGAAAUGUAUUCAAAGAAAAUCUAAGGACAUGGACCCUCCUCUGUUCUGCAGGUGUACAAGUCAGAUCCUUUCCCCGGCCUCUCUCUUGGCUCUCAGUAUGCUGUUACCGUCAUGGCCUUACCAGUGCCUGAGGAGUGGAAGAGGUUCUACCGCAGCAAGAACUUCUCCACACGAUGUGAGACUCCCUCAGGCUCUAGGCUGAAUAUUAUCUCAUACUCGCACUAGUUGAGAACACACACACAGUUUCGGUGGAAUUCACAGAGUUUGUAGUUCCUGCAGGGAAAAUAGUAAAAACAAAAUUCCUCUGUCUGUCAGCUAAUUUACACAGCACAGUUACUAUGAUAUCCUAUAUUAUCCUCUUUGAACACUCCACCUUUUUCAUGUCUUUCAGCAAUAUCAUUGUCUAAACACUAUUGAAUUUGUAGUAAUGAGCACUUACUGAUUUUGCAGCAUGUGCAGAGAAGAAUGGCCUUGAGCAGUGCAAAAAAGGUGAGAUUAAAAGUUGGGGUAGGAGAAUACCAUCUCACGAGUGAAUGUUUGGUCUUAGUUGUUUGAUCAUGUUUACAUCCACCAACAUGUUUUGUUCUGUUUGUAGACUGGUACCCAAAACACAUCAAGGUGGAGCAGAAAGGGACAACCAUCAAUGUGACCUUUAACCUGGCUCCACCAAACCUGGGCAUCAGAAGCUAUUUCUCUCGGUGCUACGCUAACGGCAUGAAGAAAUACAUGGACAUAACACCUGUGAGUGAAUUUGGCUCGUGGCUGCAGACUGUUAUUUGGCUCCUUGGUUUUAUUAAUUGUACUAACAUUUAUUUUCUUAAUCACUGUAUAUAGUCUAAAUAUUUAGCCUAUAAAAUUGAAUUAAUAAUUAUUUUAAUUAACCAUUAAUUCAAUUUUCCUCAGAAUUCUUCCACAAACAAAACUUACCACAGCUAUCAGCUGAAAGACCUUCAAGAAGGAACCAACUACACCUGUGAGGUAAAGUAAAACAUGUAAUUAGUCAUAAAACAACUAAUCUCUCUUAUUGAAUUUGUGAUUAAACCCACCAUCGACUUUGUGUAACUGUAUAAGUAUUAACAGUGUAUAGAAAUCCCACAAGAAGUGUCAUCGUGGCUAUGCUGCUCAUUAUUCUCAUGCGUCAUUAUUCUAUAUAAGUAUAUCCCCUGUGUUAUCACCACAUAUGAUGACAAAGCCUUACCAAAUGACCAACUUCAGGUUUACCUGAAGACUUCCACCAAAUCCUGUGAACUGUAAACUUAUAAACUUAUACAGAUAGGAUAAGACAUAUGGUUCUGUACAGAUGCCGGCCAUUUAUAUCAUCUGCAAAGAUUUUAAGAUCAAAAAUCAGUAUCAGACAGAUACUGGAACUGAGUGAGCUUCUACUAUUCAGAUGAUUCAGUAUCAGUCGUUUCACACAGUUAUAAAGUUUACAAACCAAAAAUCAUAAAAAAAAAAAAAAAAAAAAAGUUAUUUAAUCCAUCCGUACAGGUGUAUUUUUAAAUCUGGCUGAAAGAAAUGAUUUCUGUAUUGACAAAGUUGACCAAAGUUUCUCUCAAAAAAGCACCAGUCUGUUCACUACAAAUCUGUCAUUAAGAGGGUUAUAUGUGAGGCUUUAAUCCAGGACAUGGGGUUUAUAACUCAUAUAACUUUAAUCUUAAGUGAAAUAAAUACUUCAAACAAAGUCAGUUUUUACUUGCCCCAGUUUAAGACAUAUUGACUCACUUUCCUCCUCCCUCAUAAAGAGUCCAGGACAGAGGUUAUCAAUUUGUACAUUGAUUUUAAUGAAUAGCAGGUGAACAUAUUCCUAAUUAAAGUUGAUGGAGAGCAAAUCAAAGCUAAAAGGAGAGUCGUCAUUAGUUCAGCUGGUGGUUCAAAUAAAUACCAGUGUUGUUCAGAAUGUGUUUGGCAGAUCAGCUUUAUAAGGCACAAGUGUUUUGGUGUAAAUGUUACAACCAUACCGAAGCAUGUUGCACUGCCCCCAAGUGGCCAGAGAUUGCAAUGAAUGCAGAUUCAACAUCGUAUGUCACACAGCAAUUUCAUCGAGCCAGUGUUCACACUCCACCCUCUUUUUUCACAGAUUGCAGCUAAUGAGGUGGACGCAGUGAGGAAGACAUUCAAUGUUCAGGUCCUGCACAUUAAAAAAGGUACAAAGAUUAUUUUUAGUGCACCGAGAGAUUUUUUUCAAAUGUAAAGUGUAAAAUUUUGAAAUAAAAAAAGGAAAAGAUGUGGAAUUACUCUUGUCUUAUUUCCUGAUGCAAGUUAAAGAAAGAAGAUCCAUAUAUUCUGCAAUAUGUGUGCUUGUUCGAAAUGAAAAGUCAAAAAUACAUGUACCAACACCUCUUUGACGUAGUAGUAAUAGACAAGUUGAAUCACAAUAAAUCAAUCUUAACUCAUACAGACACUGUUUUUUUACCCAGUGUAUAAUGAUUUUCUAUUUGUAUUCUGCUGUAUUUUGUUAAUUUUAUGGUUGCUUAUAUGUAUGUUUAAAUAGGAUCUGGGUUUGAUGUUUUCCUGAAUUAUAAUCUAACCCUCAGGGGAAACCUCGCCACCCUCCAUCACUCCCUCCUUGGCUCUGCUGCUCCCUGUGUGUCUGGCUGUGGUGACCAUACUUGCAGUCUGUCUGGCUGCUCUCACUAGAAGGAGGCCCCAGCUGCAUAUGAAGAGAUUAAAUCUUAAACCAGGUGCAAAGAAACAAAACAUAACAAAAAAAAGACACGUGUACAUGUGUAAAGUAACAGGUUAGUGAAUGCUAACAGACUUUCUUAUGGUCACCCAUUCAGAUAUCAUCACUCAGGAUGAAGAGAGAGGGACUCAGGGGGAAGUGGUGGCUUUACCGGGACACAGGCUGACCCCUCCUCGUCUUCUGAUGUGCUACAGUAGUAAUGAUGGCCCCUCUCAUAUCAAAGCUGUUAUGCAGUUAGGAGCCUUCAUACAACAGCACAUGGCCACUCAGGUAAUCGAUAUUAUGAUGUUAAAUACUCUAACCUGAUUAGUCAAACCCCCUAAUAAUGGUUGUUAAUUCUGAAUAGCGAAGGGACAUGCUUGUUUGCCUGUUUCUUUGCAAACUUUUCCUCCCAUCAGUGAGUUGAGUUAUUGGAUCUCUUGAUGUUAUGCUGUUUCUUGUUUUAUUCCCAGGUGUGCCUGGAUCUGUGGGACUCUCUAAGUGUUGCUAGGGAGGGCAGUAUGGCGUGGUACUGUCGUCAGAUCCGGGAGAGCAACUUUAUCUUAGUGAUCUGUUCUCGGGGCCUCAGUAUCAAACCUAAACCUUCAGAGCCAGAGGAGGACACUGAAAACGAAGAGGCAGACAGAUGGUUGGACUUUGGGCUCAACUCCUUCACAGCUGAUGCAGCCGUGCAGCUUGUUGGAGAGGAGGUUGGCUGUACCACAGCUAGGGGUCAGGAUCUUUCCAAAUACAUGUCAGUCAGUUUUGAGCACUGUGAGGAGACGGACAUCCCCACUGAGCUGAGGCUAGUUUCUCACUACGUGCUUACAAGAGACCUUCCGCUGCUCUUUUCUCACCUUCAUAAUGUGGCUCUGCACAGGCCAGGAGGUUACAUGAAGAUAAACAACAUCUCAGAGGAAGGCUUUACGAAGCUUCCUGCUGGAGCAGCUCUGCAGCAGGCUAUCUACGAGGCGGGGAUGGAGAUGAGGUCAAAAAGGCGUCACCCUGUGGAGGGGGGGAAAUGA